AUGGGUCAUUGUAAAAGCCUACCUAAAGAUGUUACUGGAAUUGAAGACUGUCCUGGUGUGGAGUCUGUGUUUCCCACUGUAGAGGAAGAGGAAGUUGACGAGGAAGAGGAGGAGGAAGUUGGUCCCUCUAUAUGUAGAGUGUUAACAGAAGAGGACUUUGGCCACCUGAUGGAGAACAAGACUGCCCUUGUGUACUUAAUGCAGUUAAAAACAUUGGCCAACAAAAAGGUGGACUCUAUCUGUAAAGUCAAAGAAUGUGGAGAGGGCAUAGAAAUAUCCAUAAAACAUGUUGGGUCAGCUGUAUAUCUAAAAUGGAUUUGUCGAAACACUCAUAUAGCAGACAAAUGGUGCAGUCAGCCUAUCUUGAAUCGGGGACUUCAUGGAGGAGAUCUCAUGUUUGCAUCAUCUAUUCUGUUUUCGGGCAACAACUUCAAUAAAAUGGAAUUAUUUGCAAAGUUUUUGCAAAUGGGAUUUCCUAGCCAAUCGUCUUUUACCAGACUGCAGAGACAAUACCUUGUUCCCUCUGUUGAUGAGCUCUGGAGUCAAAAACAAGAAGAACUUAUUGCAGAAUUGUUCUUCUUGGUAACGGCAGGAUGGAUAUUCCAGGUCACUGUGCACAAUUCUGUACAUAUACUUUAAUGGAAAAUGUAAGAAAAUCCUAUCCGUGAAAACUUAAAAUAAGCGAGAGACAGAGGGGAAAAGUGGAAAUCUGGAAAAGGCUGGAUUUAUCAGAGGGAUACAAGAAGUACAGGACAAUGGUUUACAAGUAGCAGAGGUUGUGACCGAUGUCCAUCUCCAAAUUGGUGCUCUGAUGAAGAAGAAUUAUCCUGCAGUCAAACAUAGUCAUGAUGUGUGGCAAGCAGCAAAGAACCUUGGGAAGAAGUUGAUUUCAGCUGGUCAAGAUAAAAGCUGUAGAGAGUUACAGAAGUGGUCAAAAGACAUUGUAAACCAUUUCUGGUUUACAUGCAAAACUGCCAACAAUCUGGAUGAAUUCAUGGGGAUGUGGGUUGGAGUUUUCCUCACAUUGUUAGAGAACACGAGUGGUACUUGCCCUAUAGUGAGAUGGGUACAAGUAUGUGUAUGCAUGACCCUUUAACAGGUGAAGAAACAGGGGACAAGGAAUUGUUAAUAAAGGGCAGUCCAGCUCAUGAAGCUCUAAGAAAAGUUGUUUUAGACAAGAGGCUACUACACAACAUACCCUAUUACCUGAAUUUCAGGUAUGCAAUAUUUG